CCUGCCUUUUAAUUAUUUCUGCCGAUUCAAAUUUCCGCCCGAUGACGUCAGCCAUCAAUGAAGUCUCCUAUUUGCCAGUUCUCAAAACAUGGCAGCUACACAACAAAAGCAGUAGCUCCAGGAAUAAAUCACUGUUCACUUCAGCUUCGUAAUCGAUUGUACCCCCACUUUAUUGUGUUUUGUGUGGUGUUCCUAUUCAAUCAACGAUGUAAGGCCUUAUUAUGUUGGUUUUAAUUGAGAAGGUGCAUUAUAAGCGGCGUACGAAAUACCGAAGCGGAGACAAAAUGGCGGCAUGUUGUUUACGCCUGGAGCUCAAUGACACUCAAGUACCCAAUUUUCUGCUUAAAAAGUAGUAGUCUGGUAGGCGAUAUUAUCACUAGUUCGUUUCAGUGGUAGUCAUAAGGUCGUUAGGGACUACUUUCAGAAAUUAGUUCUUGAAAAUUUGGCCACAUUUCUGUGAAAACGAUAUCGGAAGUGCAUGCUCUGUUCGCGAUGACAUCGCCGAUGUAUUUUGAAGUGGAGAAUUCCCACAGUAUGUGCAGUGAAUUGGCAUGAUUCUGUUCGCCUAUUAAGUUUUAGUUCUACGAUUCUUUCAUGAGUAAAAAGUAGACAUUCUAAGCAAUACAAUAAUGUCACUCCCAUAAAAAUUGAUUGGAAAUUGAGGGAGCUACGGCAUUCUGUUCGUACAAUACCAAAUGGCACAUUUUAAAAAGCGCUCAUUGGACAACGUAGGGAAUCACCAGAAAUGACGUCAUCGCUGGUCUAAAUAGAAAACUACGGUGGCGCAGUAGAGCACAAGAAAAGGUUUAGCAUGAACUUCGUCAUGCAAGCUUCAGCAACAAAACGAUUUCUCAUGAAUGAUUUAUUUGAUCAUCAUCAGCUUGUUUCCCCUGAUAGAUGACGCAUACCUUGUCCGCAAUUGCAACGAAAGAUUCUCGCUGGUAUGGUUUUCAAGGUGAAGGGUUACAUGUAGAUGCCACAAACCUUGUCCGCAAUUGCAACCGAAGAUUUUUGAAUGAACCGCAAGACGAUCAGAUGAAGGGCAGCUCGAGCCAACAUUGUACAAGGGCCACGGGGUCCAGGGCCUCAAGGACAAGGGACACAAGGACACAAGGACAAGGGACACAAAAGACGAUGUUACAAUCUGCGGGCCCUCUGCAGAUGGAGAUUGAUGGCUGUCGAGAAGACCCAACCACUCAACCAGGAUCUACAAUUCGUGCUAUGGUAGAUGUGACUCUUAAAAGAUUUUGGAUGACGAAGGAAUCCAAUACAUAUAUGUCGCUCACAGAUACGGGCAGACGACCGAGAGUCGAGUGGAUUCAGUGGAUCGAAUGGUUGUGCAGAGGGAUAGCCAUGUGCAGGAGUGACGAACCACAGCUCAGCAAACGAUGCCUUGACAGAACAAUUCAAGGAGAACCUUCGCUGAGAUCAGAAAGGGAACUUGUUUGCUGUGGGGAUGGAUUGGACACCGAAAUGUCUGUCAUUCUAAUAAACUAUAAUGACAAUCCAACUCCAAAGGGACUCUCUGGACUUAGGGAAAGUACGGACAUAGAGCCCUGACAUGAUAUCCUGCAGCCACCAUGAGGACAGCCUAUCUCAUACCUUCGGAAGGGUGCCAUCACACGCCCGAGCCAACAUUGUACAAGGGCCACAAGGUCCAGGGCCUCAAGGACAAGGGACACAAGGACAAGGGACACAAGGACAAGGGACACAAGGACAAGGGACACAAGGACAAGGGACACAAGGACAAGGGACACAAGGACAAGGGACACAAGGACAAGGGACACAAGGACAAGGGACACAAGGACAAGGGACACAAAAGACGAUGUUGCAAUCUGCGGGCCCUCUGCAGAUUGAGAUUGAUGGCUGUCGAGAAGACCCAACCACUCAACCAAGAUCUACAAUUCGUGCUAUGGUAGAUGUGACUCUCAAAAGAUUUUGGAUGACGAAGGAAUCCAAUACAUAUAUGUCGCUCACAGAUACGGGCAGACGACCGAGAGUCGAGUGGAUUCAGUGGAUCGAAUGGUUGUGCAGAGGGAUAGCCAUGUGCAGGAGUGACGAACCACAGCUCAGCAAACGAUGCCUUGACAGAACAAUUCAAGGAGAACCUUCGCUGAGAUCAGAAAGGGAACUUGUUUGCUGUGGGGAUGGAUUGGACACCGAAAUGUCUGUCAUUCUAAUAAACUAAUGACAAUCCAACUCCAAAGGGACUCUCUGGACUUUGGGAAAGCUACGGACAUAGAGCCCUGACAUGAUAUCCUGCAGCCACCAUGAGGACAGCCUAUCUCAUACCUUCGGAAGGGUGCCAUCACACGAUGAAUACGAUUAUUGCUGUUCCAUCAUCUCCCUGACAUCAGCCAAUGUCCAAAGCCGGCAGUGAAUGUCAAUCCUAAAGUCUCCUCCUUAUGGAUAUACGCACAACGACAGUGGAUCGGUAUUUCAGUGUUUCAGUGUGUCAUCGCUCAGUGUCUCCCGUAUUUCAGUGUUUCCCUAUUGUUACUCUAUUCGCGGAUAAGCCAGUGGUGAUCAGGUCGGCAGAAAAACUAGUUCUUCAAUCUCGAGUGAUUACCAUGGAUACAGAACUCGUAUGAAUAAAUUAUGACGUAUGUGCCAAAUAUGGGAAACAAAAUGGCGUUGCCUGAUGUGUAAAAAAUAAAUCACAUUCCUCAGUGGAAAAGGAAGAUCACGUGGUAUUGUUCGGUCACGUGAAUGUUGCGAGAUUUUAUUCAAAAUGUUGCCAUGUUUUUUUCAAGGGUUGCCACAUAUAUUUGAAAACAAGUUGACCUA